AUGGCAUCUAAACUAGUUCCCAACGACCCACGGGUCCGCGAGGAGACCGCCUCCAUCCGCGGCAAGCAGUACAACUACAUCCUCGGGGAGCCGACGUCGACCCCCAUCGAGACCGUCUUCCUCAUCCACGGCUUCCCCGACAUGAAUUUCGGCUGGCGCAACCAGAUACCGUACCUGGUGUCUCUCGGCCUGCGCGUCGUGGCCCCCAACAUGCUCGGGUACGCGGGGACCUCGCGACCAGAUGACCUUGCCCAGUUCUCGCACAAGAGCAUCUCAGCAGACAUCAGGGAGCUGGCCAUCAAGUUCGUCGGCGAAGACGGACAAAUCGUGCUCGGCGGGCAUGACUGGGGCGGUGCUCUCGUCUGGCGAACUGUCCUCUGGUAUCCGGAGAUUAUCAAGGCAGUCUUCAGCGUGUGUACGCCCUUUGCACCGCCGAAUCCCGUCUGGGUCCCGCUGGAGGACCACAUUGCCGCCGGCCGACUGAUCAACUUCAAGUACCAGCUGCAGCUUGCGGGGCCGGAUGUCGAGAGAGAGCUCCAGAGCGAGGAGAAGGUGCGGCAGUUCCUGAAUGGCAUGUUUGGCGGCUGGGGGGAGGACGGAAAGAUGGGCUUCUCUACUAGCGAGGGCGUGCUUUUUGAUAACCUGCCUGGCUUGGGGCCCUCGCCGCUCGUUUCCAAGGAGGAGCUGGAUCAUUAUGCUGCUCGGUACAUGCUGCAGAGUGCACCGCCGAUGAGGGGCCCCUUGAAUUGGUAUAGGACGAGGAAGAUUAACUAUGAGGAGGAACUGGCCUUGACCAAGGACUUUAAGCAGAUUAGUACGCCGGCGCUGUUUAUUAGUGCGACAAAAGAUGCUGCGUUGCCGCCCGCAAUGUCAGCCGGUAUGGAUAGGUGGUUCAAGGAUUUGACGAGGGGAGAGGUCGAGGCUUCACAUUGGGCCCUAACACAGACGGGGGAUGAGGUGAAUAAGUUGAUUGGAGCGUGGUUAAACAAGGUUUUGGAUGGGGCGGUGAGGGCUUCUUUGUAG